CCCCAGUUUGUGUAGAAGUAGUGUGGAUAUAAAAUGACACUAAUGUAGACUGAGGAGAUUGCAGUACAUCUGGAUUUGUUGGGAUAGAGAAUAUCAGUAUCACCUAGGGGCUUAUUAAAGUUACUCAGAAGUUUUUGCUACUUUUUUUUUUUUUUUUUUUUAACUACAGGCUUCUUGAGAAUCAUGGUCUACUUUUACCAAAAGGAGCCUGUAAUAUUCCUCAAAUGUGUUGGAGCAGAACAAGGAUUGAAGACUGUAUUAAUGAUCUCUACAAAGAGUCUUCUGAUCUUUCUUUUUGAUGUCUCAAUCUUUGAUAAAACAUAAAUGAAGGUUCACUCUGGGCUCUUGUUAUUUGCGUAACAGCUGAAAAAAAGUGAAUUUAAUAAUUUUAUGUUGAAGGUUUAGUAUGUUCAAAACUGCUAGGCACCUUGAAAAACAUGAGUUAUAAAAAUGAAUAAGACGUAUCUUGUCUUAGUUGAAUUAAAACAAUUCUUUUGAGGAAUUUGUAAGUAUUUCUACAAGCAAUACAUUUGUAAGAGAUGUAUAAACAAACUGGUAUUAGAAUACAGAGGACAAUUGAGUUUUAUUUGGUUUGAUUCCAGGAGAAAAGGCUGGUCAGGGAAAAUUGCAUUAAAGUAGAUCCUAGAAAGGACAGGGAAGUUUUUAAUAAUUGGUAAGGGGCAGGGGAGAACAUUCCAGGGAGAGAACUGCAUAAACAAAGAGAUGGAGGUGUGAAGUUUGGGAGCAUAGUUGGGAACUGUGAGCAGUAAUGCAGUGUGCACUCAGAUAAGGAUGGACUGUAGGAUUUGGUUCGGCCAUAUCAACAAGGACCUUAAAUAAUCAGCUGUCUGUACCCAGGAUUCUAAGACUUUCUUUUUAUUGAUGAACACCCCAAUUGCUGUUCUUUUCUUAUAUCUAGUCACAUCACUAGUCAUGUACUAGAUGAGAGAAGCAUUUUUGUCCAUUUUGCUUAUUGCUAUAUCCCUAGAGCAUAGAAGAGCACCUGGUGUGUAACAGGCAUAGAUGAAUUAUAUGUUAAAUGAGUGAAUGAAUUUAGAUUUUGUAAGAAAGGAUAAUUUAUGGUUGCACUUUAAAGAGAUCUUGCCUCCACGGAUCAAGUUGUUUUUGGUAUCUUUGUAAUAUGCCUCAAACUUCAUUGUAUUUCUCUCACUUGGAUUUGUCUUUCCCUGGCAUUUUUUGCAAUGUUCUACGUGGGCUCUUAUGACUAAUGAUCAUCCUCCUUAUAGUGUACCUGUAUUACAAGCUAAAGAAGUAAACAGGUCAUGGCACGUUUAACAAAAAGACGACAGGCGGAUACAAAAGCUAUCCAGCAUCUUUGGGCAGCCAUUGAGAUUAUACGGAACCAGAAGCAAAUUGCCAACAUUGACCGUAUUACAAAGUAUAUGUCUCGAGUCCACGGUAUGCAUCCUAAAGAGACCACCCGUCAGCUGAGCUUAGCUGUGAAAGAUGGUCUUAUUGUCGAAACUCUAACAGUGGGCUGCAAAGGUUCAAAAGCUGGUAUUGAACAAGAAGGAUAUUGGUUGCCAGGAGAUGAGAUUGACUGGGAAACAGAAAAUCAUGACUGGUAUUGUUUUGAAUGCCAUUUGCCUGGAGAGGUGUUGAUAUGUGACCUGUGUUUUCGUGUGUAUCAUUCCAAGUGUUUGUCUGAUGAGUUCAGGCUUAGAGACAGCAGUAGUCCCUGGCAGUGCCCAGUUUGCAGGAGCAUUAAGAAGAAGAAUACAAACAAACAGGAGAUGGGCACAUACCUGAGAUUCAUUGUCUCCCGCAUGAAGGAGAGGGCUAUAGAUCUUAAUAAAAAGGGGAAGGACAAUAAACACCCGAUGUACAGAAGGCUGGUGCACUCAGCUGUGGACGUUCCCACCAUUCAAGAGAAAGUGAAUGAAGGGAAAUACCGAAGUUACGAAGAGUUCAAAGCUGAUGCCCAACUGCUUCUCCACAAUACCGUGAUAUUCUAUGGAGCAGACAGUGAGCAAGCUGACAUUGCGAGGAUGCUGUAUAAAGACACAUGUCAUGAGCUGGAUGAACUGCAGCUUUGCAAGAAUUGCUUUUACUUGUCAAAUGCUCGUCCUGACAACUGGUUCUGUUAUCCUUGUAUACCCAAUCAUGAGCUGGUUUGGGCUAAAAUGAAAGGUUUUGGGUUUUGGCCAGCCAAGGUCAUGCAGAAAGAAGACAAUCAAGUCGACGUUCGCUUCUUUGGCCACCACCACCAGAGGGCCUGGAUUCCUUCUGAAAACAUUCAAGAUAUCACAGUCAACAUUCAUCGGCUGCACGUGAAGCGCAGUAUGGGUUGGAAAAAGGCCUGUGAUGAGCUGGAGCUGCAUCAGCGUUUCCUACGAGAAGGGAGAUUUUGGAAAUCUAAGAAUGAGGACCGAGGUGAGGAAGAGGCAGAAUCCAGUAUCUCCUCCACCAGUAAUGAGCAGCUAAAGGUCACUCAAGAACCAAGAGCAAAGAAAGGACGACGUAAUCAAAGUGUGGAGCCCAAAAAGGAAGAACCAGAGCCUGAAACAGAAGCAGUAAGUUCUAGCCAGGAAAUACCCACAAUGCCUCAGCCAAUCGAAAAAGUCUCCGUGUCAACUCAGACCAAGAAGUUAAGUGCCUCUUCCCCAAGAAUGCUGCAUCGGAGCACCCAGACCACAAAUGAUGGCGUGUGUCAGAGCAUGUGCCAUGACAAAUACACGAAGAUCUUCAACGACUUCAAAGACCGGAUGAAGUCGGACCACAAGCGGGAGACAGAGCGUGUUGUCCGCGAAGCUCUGGAGAAGCUGCGUUCUGAAAUGGAAGAAGAAAAGAGACAAGCUGUAAAUAAAGCUGUAGCCAACAUGCAGGGUGAGAUGGACAGAAAAUGUAAGCAAGUAAAGGAAAAGUGUAAGGAGGAAUUUGUAGAAGAAAUCAAGAAGCUGGCAACGCAGCACAAGCAACUGAUUUCUCAGACCAAGAAGAAGCAGUGGUGCUACAACUGUGAGGAGGAGGCCAUGUACCACUGCUGCUGGAACACGUCCUACUGCUCCAUCAAGUGCCAGCAGGAGCACUGGCACGCGGAGCACAAGCGUACCUGCCGCCGGAAAAGAUGAAGCUGGGCCUUCCCGGAGCCACCCCGACGGUCACUCUUUUCAGACACAGCGGUUUUUGUUUCCAAGAAGCCAAAAUUGUUUAGAAUUUGCUUCCCAUUUUGCACCAGCCUUUAAACACUUUUCGUGAAGAAAUUUUGCACAGUAGUUUAAAUCUUUUGUUAAUGCUCCUCCGAAGUUUUUCAGGGGGUAAAAGUAACAUCAGUGGAGGGUAUUAUUUUAAAUAAAUUUUAAUUGAGAAUUUGUUGCAUUUUCAGCAAAUUUUAAAACAUUUUUAGGUUUUACAGAGAUUUUAACCUUUAAACAACAGAUCUUUAAAAAACAGGUGAAUACAAGUGAGUUUAACAAAGAAACAUUUAGAAUAGAUCUGAAUGUAAGAACUACAGAACUGUUUCAGAAAUAAAACAUACUACCUUGAUGUGACAUUUUUUUCUUAACCUUGUUGAGCUGGUUUUGUUCAGCUUAAUUUACUGUUCAAAGGCAUUAUCUGUUGGUCACACCAGUGGGUAUAUGAUUGAAUUUAGGGAACAGGGUUGACACAGCAGGGCUAGUCCUGCAUAUUUUUUCUUAAAUAUUUCCCAAUUGUGUUUUUCAUUAUUUCUUUUCAAUAUAUAACUUUUAUAACAAAUUAUUAGCUUUGAUCUUGUAGUUUAAAAUUGCAGGGAACUGGGGUUAUCUUUUACUGAGCUGGAUCUUAGAGAAAAUGAAUAUUUAAAUUUUAAAGUUUGCACAUUUCAUCUUUGUCCUAACAUGAGUGCUUGUAACAAAAUAAACAAUAAAAACAAAGCCAAAAACUACCUUUAUCCAUAUGUGAAAUUAUAGAUGAGGCAUACGAAUUUGUUUAAUGCUUCCCUUCCCUUCCCACAUAUCAUCUCACUGCCUAUUAUCUGGUGUCACCUCAUGUAUUGUAAGUUAAUACUAAAAGAAGAGAAAGCACUUAAGUUUCACAGAAGCCGUUAUGUUUGUAGUAAUGGGUCAUUGCCUACUAAUGAACUCCAUCGCUGUACACAGAAUGAAGAAUAAUGCAUGUUAAUUUUCUUGUAUUAAAGAUGCCGUGAUUUGUAAAAAGUCUGUAUUUUGCGGAAUGUCUGGAUUAAGAAGCAUUACCAAUAGGAAUGGAUCGAUAGUUGAAUAAUGAUUUUUUAUACAUAGAUCUAUAAAAUACAGCCAGGAAAACUUAAAUUACUUUUCUUUUAAAAUAUCUCACAAUUUAUGUGUUUUUUUUAAAGACUGAUCUUAGACCAAGUCAAAUUCCCAUUUAUCAUUUAGUUAUUUUUUGAGGUUAGAGAAAUAAUUUGUACAUAUUUAUUUAGACCUUUGAUAUUUAUUAAAGCAAUUACUCACAAUGGAAGUGAAAGAAUCAGGAGAAAAGCCUUUUAAAAAGUUUUCUCCAGGUUUGUCAGGGUCACUCUAAAGAUAAAAAUGUAACUAAGUCUUCUGUGAAAUAUCGUCCAUCUAAUCUCGAUGCUGUUGCAGAUGGUGGUGACACAAGUUAAUUGACAAACUACUGCCAAAUGGUGCACAAUAUUUUGUAAAAAGUACCCAGUAUCCCCAUUUCAUACAAUGUACCUAAAUUAUGCAGUAACUUGGCAUCAUCGUUCCCUCCUUGUUGCUGUGUAAUUAGUCAGUGUUGCCACACUGUGUGGCGCUGAUGGAGAUGUCAGAACCGAGAACACUUAACCUUCUUUGAUUGUUUUUCAAGUUUUAAGACUUCGAUCCACCCCUAUGAGAGCAAGUAAUUGUGGAAAUAUUUUUGGUGUAAAAUCAUUCCAGAGUAUGUAAUAUUUAACUGAUAGCUGCAUGAAAGUGAGAUUCGUGUUACUUUGGCUUUUUUGUCUCUGUUGACACGGUUGCACAUUUCCAAGUUACUACAGCGUGAAAACUGUGUGUUUAAAAAAAAACAAAAUUAAAAAAAGAGAUUGUGGCCUGGUUUUGUAAAAGUUUUAGGUAAAAUUACAAUUGAUCGUUUUAGGAAUCAUUAUUAAAAACUUUCUGCAAAUCAUAAAGCUAUAUCGAGGUGUUGAGCUUAGCCACUAUGCACAUUGUAAUUAUUCAUUGUGGCUGUCCAGUUCUAUGAUGCAUUCUGGCAUUUUGUAAGCUGCUCUGACUAGCAAUAUAUAGAUUCAUUUAAUGUGUUAACAUUGGUUAAUAAAUGUAUU